GAAGCCCUGAACGUCUCUGUGCUGGACGACAACUGUUGAAGUUUACAGCCUCGGAUUUCAGCUGUUUCACCUCAAAACAAGCAGGCUUCGAGCACCGACGUGGGUUCGUCGUCCUGACCGGCUGCAGGCUGUGAUGGCAGGCUGACACCUCAGGCACCGUCUCGACCACGUUUGUCACCUUGAGCAUCCCGUCCGGAAAAAAACAACAACACUGUUGAUGCCGUAAAUCAUGAGUGCCCUGGAACCUCAGUCGAGGCAAGCCAAUGGAGUGGCAGAUAGUGGGAAGUUGGACAGCAAGAUGAGCGCCAAGGCCCUCUACGAACAGAGGAAAAAAUACUCCAACUCCAAUUAUAUCAUGCAUGAGACGUCGCAGUACCAUGUCGAGCAUCUCUCCACAUUCAUUAUGGACAAGACAGAGUCCAUUGCCACCGUGGACGAUGCCAUCAAGAAACUGGUCCUUCUAGACUCAAAAGACAAAAUCUGGACCCAAGAGAUGCUCCUGCAGGUCACUGACAAGGCGGUCAGGCUGCUGGACUGUGACACACAGGAGGAGCUGGAGAACUUCCCUCUCUCCACCAUCCACCUGUGUCAGACGGUCCUGAAUCAGACGCGUUACCCCUCCGUGCUGCUGCUGGUGUGUCAGGACAAGGAGCAGCACAGACCCGACAUCCACUUCUUCCACUGUGACGAGGUGGAGGCUGAGAUGGUUCAUGCAGAUGUAGACAGUGCCAUUGGAGACAACAAGCACGGGAAGAAAAUGAGGCUUCAGACUCUGAAGGUGAACCAGGAGAAAAUGAAACGUCACAGAGAAACAAUCCUCCCCCCCCAGGCCCCCUCAUCGGCUGCAAAGGGACGAGUGGCAGCCCUGAACACGCUAGAAAGACAAGCCUCUGGUGAGGCAGAGUCACCUGAAAAGCUGGCCCAGCGCAUUGAGAAGGAUGUGCAAAUCCUCAACUGCACCCUGGACGACAUAGAGAUCUUUGUGUCGCGGCUGCAAAAGGCAGCGGAGGCCUUUUCUCAGCUCAACCAUCGCAACAAGAGUAAGAAGAAUAAGAAGAAAGGACCAGCAGAGGGCAUGCUGACCCUGCGAGCCAAGCCCCCCACCGAAGCAGAGUUCAUUGAUAGCCUGCAGAAAAUGAAGCUGGCCUUCAACCUCUUGGCCAAACUGAAGAAACACAUACAGAAUCCAAGCGCGUCUGAGCUGGUUCAUUUCCUGUUCAGCCCACUGGAGCUGGUGCUGCAGAGCUGUGGAAGUCCUGAAUUGGUGCGUUCAGUAAUCGCCCCUCACCUUUCCAAAGACGCUGUGGACUUCCUGCGAGGACACCUAACCCCCAAAGAGAUGACCAUCUUCGAGCUGCUGGGGGAUGGAUGGACCAAACCCAGAGCAGAGUGGCCUAGGGAUCAGUGUGCUCCACCUUAUUAUCCAAAGUUUCGGAAUGGCUGGGAGCCGCCGGUGGAGCUCUUCAGGACGGCCCCCUGGGAAACAGAGGGACCCACAGGGCCACUGCCUUCUCCCACCAGCCCCAAUUACAAAAAACCAGCAUCACCAGCUGAUGAAUUUUAUGACAGACAGUCCCCAACCUCAUCAAAUGGGUCUUACGAUGGGAUGUCCAGCACUCGCAAAUAUGCCAAAAUUCGCUACCACUUCGUAGCACGGAAUGCCAACGAGCUGUCGGUGCUGCAGGAUGAAAUCCUCGAGGUGAUAGAGGAUGACAAACAGUGGUGGAAACUACGGAAUCGCAGCGGCCAGGCCGGCUACGUCCCAUUUAACAUCCUGGACGUGGUGAAGAUAGACGACGCCGCCUACAAGCAGCAAGGCUACAGAACGUCACCGUCUGGUUCUCUGAGCCAUGGAGACAACUUCAGCAAGGGGAGGACCAAAGACAAAUUGAUGGAUGAGGUCAACAACGAGUUAUUGAUGAUGAUCACUGCUAAUAAAAGCCAGCCGCCCGUCAGGAAGUUCCGCGUGGAGCGAUCGACUGCCAGCCAAGUACCACUCACCUUCGACUCAAAGUCAGAGCAGGUGACCGAAUGGCUCAGCUCGAAAGGUUUCUCAAAACCGACGGUUAACUGUUUGGGGAUCCUGACUGGAGCCCAGCUGUUUUCCCUGAACAAAGAAGAACUGAAGGCGGUGUGUGGGGACGAAGGCGCUCGUGUCUACUGUCAGAUCACCGUGCAGAAAGCACAACUGGAGAAGAGCAGCGGAGACUCAGAGCUGCAGGAGAUCAUGAAGCGGAGGCAGGAGAGGAUCGACUCCGGCGGCAAUGACUGAACCAGCGUGAACCCACCCAGACGCUUUCGGUCCCUCAUCGCUCUCUAACUGCAGCAGCUUCUCAAAUCAACCUACAAAACAACACACCCAAAUGUUGUACACAUUUUUAUGUGCAUAUUUAUUUUGUAUGGCCUGAUGUGUAUGUUUUCAGGUGUUUUCUUUUCUAAUUAUGUUGCCUCUGUUUUCACUGACUAGAUUUUGUUGUUGUAUGAAAAGAGGAACAUAUGAAUCUAUGUACAGUUUUGUGUGUGCGUGCACGUGUGUAUGCACAAGAAGCGUGCGGCGUACAUACGUGUACGGGCAAUGUGGUCGAUGUUUGUGCUCAUUGUCAAUAUUGCAGCUGUUUACUGAAUAACUUGCUAGAGAAGUAGAUCUUAGCUAUUGCAUAUCUAAAUCUGUGCCAGAAUGUAUGACACAUUUUCUGAUAUACAGCCAAUUAUUUUCACAUUACUGUUUACAGGUGUAAUAAAUAAUAAAAGCGGCUCUCUGUUAGUCAUCCCAGCAGGAGGACUGACAGAUGCAGUCUCAUCCUGGAGAUCAGCAGUCGGUAUUAAUAUGUUUAUUGUUGCUGUUCAUAAUCAGACAUUCUGCAAAGCUUCAUAGAGGAACUGUCAAUAACCCUGCAUGAAGAUAUUGUUGAUAAUUGUGAGAUGCUGUCAUUUAAUGUGUUUUCAUGCAGCAUAUUUUGCAGUGCGACCUGCAGACACACGGGAAUAUUAAGGAAUAUAUGAGAAUUAUGUUGUUCUGAUAUGAGUGAUCAAAUGAAGAUUUUGAGAAAGCAUUCAAGAGGGUUGUAAAUAUUACAGGGCACACUGUUUAAAAAGGAUGUAAUUAAAGAAUACUAAAAUAAAUAC